UCCCCCAACCCAGAAUUUGGAUUCCGUCAAAGGGUGAACGUCGCCGCCGCCGCCGCCGCCGCCGACGACGACGCCGGUACGCCUCCUCCGCCCCUCGCCGAGCCUCCGGUCCCCUUCUCCCCGCACGGCUCGCCAGGCGCACCGACCCGCCUCCCCACUCCCGGCCGCAGGCCGGAGCAGCCCGCCGCCUCCCAUCUUCUCCGGCCGGGACAGCGAUGGUUCUUGAAUCUUGAUUGAUGCGGAGAUGAUCUCGUCUUGCCCCAUCUGCGGCCACCAAGUCCUGACGGCCGAGCUCGAGCGGCACGCCAACAGCCACUUCGAGGAUGACGAGGUUCAGAGGGACAUGGAGUUGGCGCAGCUCGCCAUGGCCGCAGAAUUGAGCACUAGUACUGUCGUGGAUGUACAUGAACAUAGCAAGAGACCAUUCCCUGAUGAUGAUUAUCUUUCUCCAGGGGCAUCAUCAAGCAUUAUCAGAGGCCCGUCUUCUUAUGGAAAAUUACUGGAUGAACAAAUUUCUUGCUUGGUAGGGGCACAGGUUAGAAGCGAAAUUCAACGAAUCGAAGGUGGCGUUAUGAACUUGUUGAGGAGCUGCCUUGAAUCUGAAGGCGGUUCGUCAACAAGUAUAAUAUCGGGCUACGUUGACCAUCAUCAGAGUCUUUCAUCAGAAGACAAGGGAUGGGGAUGUGGGUGGAGAAAUAUCCAGAUGAUGAGCUCUCAUUUGUUGAAGCAAAGAGCAGAAACGAGAGAGGCUCUGUUUGGCGGCUGUGGGUUUGUUCCUGACAUCCCUUCACUUCAGAGAUGGCUUGAGAUUGCUUGGGAUAAAGGUUUUGAUACUCUUGGUGCAAGUCAUUUCGAUAACAAAAUUUAUGGUGUCAAGAAGUGGAUAGGGACAUCGGAAUGUGUUACCCUCUUGCGCUCUUUUGGUGUGCGUGCAAGGAUUGUAGAUUUUGAUAGCACAGAAUCAUCGAGCCUGCAAGGUAAGAGCGGGAAACGGGUAUGUGGGCCGAUGGAUAAGUAUUUGGUCAAGACUAAUCCUCCUCCAAGAUCAUCGCCUUGUGAACUUAGUCAAGAGGAUGCUGAAAACAUGAGAGGGCAGCAGGUCCUUGUCGAUUGGGUAUGGAACUACUUUUCAAGCAAGCGUGCUGAUAUGUUGCACAAUUCAAAGAAUGUCAUCGUCAGUGAUAAAACCCCGUUGUAUUUCCAACAUCAAGGUCAUUCGAGGACUAUAAUUGGGAUUCAAAAGCAAAAGGGUAAUCGUGGAUCUCAAGACCAAUAUAACCUUCUGGUUUUAGACCCUGGCCAUAGAACAGCUGAUUUGGAGACAUCUCUUACAACGAAAAAAGGAUGGCAGAGGCAUUUGAAAAGAGGUGUUCACACUCUCAGGAAACCACAAUAUCAGUUGUGCUAUGUGGAGCCUGGAAUUGCUAGUUCAGAAGAAAUAGAGCGGCUCAAGACUAUUGACAGUAUCUUGAUCAGGUUUUAGGACGCUCCUAUGUGCAACGGAGUAGGUGGAUCAGAAUCGACGAUAUACUUGACAAAAAGCUUUUGCCCCAUGUGUUAUGAAUCUGCUGGUGACCUGUUGGAUUGGUGUUCUGGCUUGAAGGCGUUUGCUUGUCACUUCUGAUGGCUCCGUGGCAACCUCCCCGGUGCUCAAAGGGACGCCUUAGCUCCCCUCUCGCUCUGGGUAUUUCGGAAGAGCACCAACAGGUUUGUCUUGAAAGAUGUCUAUAUUGUUCAACUAGCCCUCGAUCAUCUUGUUCUUCGAUGUAUUGCACGGGGUCCGUCCCUUGGUUCCUCUAGAAAGAAACCCUGCUUCAAUGUGGCGUGCCGCAGUUCGCGCAAAAAAUUAGAGUGACGAUUUGGCUUGCCCUAUAGCUCCCAUUA